AAGACGGAUGAAAACCAAAGAGCUAUUCAAGAAAAUAUAUUAAAUCAACACGGAUAGAGGAGACAAGCUGGUGAGAGAUUGUCUAAAUAAACAUUUAUCCAGAACCAGAGUGAACUGACAACAGGAUUACAAUCAUCAUGGUCACACUGGACAUGAAGACACUGACGGCCCCCGUGGGCAUCGUGAGGAUACUGGAGGUGAUCUUCACCUUAAUCACCUUCAGCCUGGUGGCAUCAGUGGGCCACACUACUUUCUCCUUCUGGACGUGGUGUAUGUUCACAUGGUGCUUCUGCUUCUGCGUCACCUUCCUCAUCCUCCUCCUGGAAUUCACCAGCCUCAGCGCUAAGUUGCCCAUCUCCUGGGAUGACUUCACUACCGCUUUUGCCAUGCUGGCUACCCUAAUGGUGCUGGCAACGUCCAUCAUCUAUCCUGUCUUCUUCACGUGCUCUGUCUGCAGCAGACAGAUUGGUGCCACUGUUACUUCCAUUCUGGCCUUCAUCCUGUACGCCGUUGAGGUUGGGCUGACCCGGGCUAAACCUGGUGAAAUUAGUGGAUUCCUGUCCACAGUUCCAGGCCUCCUCAAGGUCCUGGAAGCCUAUGUGGCCUGCAUCAUCUUCAUCUGCUUGGACUGGAACUUCUACUCUCAGUUUCCAGGGCUCCAGUGGUGUGUCGCUGUCUACUCCAUUUGCUUCAUUUUUGCCUUCAUUGUCAUAAUUUUUACCAUCUGCCGCCUUCUGGCUCUCUUCCCCGCAUCUUUUGAUAAAGUGCUGACCGGCUGCAACGUGUUGGCAGUGCUGAUGUACAUGACAGCUGUGGUUAUCUGGCCGUUGUACAGCUUCCAGAACAACCCCAGGCCCAGCAUCUGUGGGCGUUUGUGUUCAUGGAAUAAUUUAGUGGUUAUCGCUUUCUUGACCUGUUUCAACCUUGUUGCCUACAUUGUGGAUACGGUUUAUUCCUUUAGGCUGGUCUUCUUCGUCAGCAGUACGUAGGUUGAAAAUAUGCCUCAUAUUUCACUUGGUGGGAAUGUUUGAAGCUCUCUUGAACUUAAAGACUGUAGGAGAAUUGUAUGUACUGUAAAGCAUCCCUUGUACAACUUCUGUUAAACGUUUUAUUUCGAUGUUGUUUUCUUGAUGACCCCAACACACACUGGUUUGUUGUGGAUUUGAUCUGAAGAAGGAAAACGUAAAUCCCAAUCUCUUUCCCUUUUUCUCCCUCCAUGAUUUUCAUAUGAUCCUUAAGUCUCUUAUUUUGAUACAGCAAUGACAUGAACAUGUCAGUCUCAGUUGCAAACUUAUUUAGUGCAUAUUCUUGUCGAUCUCAGCGUGUGAAAUAUAAAUAAAAUGUGAUAAAUAAAUGUGAGGUUAAUGCACAUGCU